AUGGAUCCAGGUGCGCAUUCCCACAUCCGUGGUCUCGGCUUGGACGACAGGUUGGAGCCUCGUGCCAACUCCCAGGGUAUGGUUGGACAAGCGAAGGCGAGGAAGGCAGCGGGGAUGAUCCUCAAGAUGGUCCAGGAGGGACGCAUUGCGGGACGCGCGAUGCUAUUCGCGGGCCCACCGUCCACCGGAAAGACUGCUAUCGCUUUGGGUAUGGCGCAGACUCUGGGCCCGGACGUCCCCUUCACAAUGAUCGCCGCAAGCGAAGUCUUCUCCUUGUCAAUGUCCAAGACGGAGGCUCUUACGCAAGCAUUUCGGAGAAGUAUUGGCGUGCGAAUCAAGGAGGAGACUGAGAUUAUUGAGGGAGAAGUCGUCGAGAUGCAGAUUGACCGUAGCCUUACUGGGGCGACGAAGACAGGCAAGCUGACGAUCAAGACUACUGACAUGGAGACCAUUUAUGACCUCGGUACCAAGAUGAUUGACGCACUGGCCAAGGAGAAGGUCACCGCGGGGGAUGUCAUCUCCAUAGACAAGACUUCAGGAAAGGUCUCGAAGCUCGGUCGCUCGUUUGCGCGGUCAAGAGAUUACGAUGCAAUGGGUGCCGACACCAAAUUCGUGCAAUGUCCGGAAGGCGAAAUUCAAAAGCGACGAGAGGUCGUACACACAGUAUCUCUACACGAGAUUGACGUCAUCAAUAGUCGAACCCAAGGGUUCCUGGCUCUCUUCGCAGGCGACACAGGCGAAAUUAAGCCUGAGCUCCGGAAUCAGAUAAACCAGAAGGUUGCCGAGUGGCGCGAAGAGGGGAAGGCAGAGAUUAUACCUGGCGUGCUUUUCAUUGACGAAGUUCACAUGCUGGAUAUUGAAUGCUUCUCGUUCCUUAAUCGCGCUCUCGAGAACGAACUGUCCCCAUUGGUCAUCAUGGCCUCGAACCGUGGGAUGGCAAGAAUACGAGGCACAAAAGUUAACAGUCCCCACGGCCUUCCUGUUGACCUCCUCGACCGUGUGCUCAUCGUGAGCACAAGGCCAUACGACAGUGAAGAUGUCCAAGAAAUCAUCAAGAUCCGAUGCGAAGAGGAGGAUGUGACCCUUAAUGAAGCAGCUCUGCAAGUCCUCACCCAAAUGGCGCUUGAGACAACGCUUCGCUACGCGUUGAACAUCAUCUCCACCGCACAGGUUCUCGCGCGAAAGCGCAAAUCUGACAAAGUUGAAACAGACGACCUAAAACGAAGCUAUUCGUACUUUAUGGACGAGAAGCGUAGUGUACAAUGGCUGAAGGAGCAGCAGGGCGCGCUCAUGUUCGAGGAGAUUGGGGCCGAAGGCGAUAAUGAUACUAUGGACCAGAGCUGA